AUGGGGCACUCGUCGACGGCGGUGCUGGACGACAGGCUGAGCGACCUGCCGGACGGCCUGCUCCUCCGCAUCCUCUCUCUCGCUUUUCUUGGCGCCUGCAGGACGCUCGUGAAGACAAGCCUCGUGUCGCGGCGGUGGCGCCACCUCUGGCGCGAGGUACCGCGCCUCGAAAUCGACCAGCGGGAGUUCCUCCAGGAACAGGAAGCCGCCGCGCCGACGACCCGCCACAGCAAGCGCGACAAACGGAACCCUGCGAAAGAGUGGCACAUGUUCGAGAAAUUCGCGGAGAAUCUCCUCUCACGCCACAGCACCGACCUACCCCUGGACACCCUCCGGCUGGUCGUCGAUCCUCCGCGGGGCCACGGACGACGGAAUCAAAGCGAUGCCAGCAGCUUGGUCCGCCUCUGCCUGGAGCGCUGCCGCCCCGUGGAUCUCGUCAUCAUCAGCAACACGCUCGUCGACCUGCGCGGCCUUGGCCGGGAGGUCGACCUCACACGCCUCACCACCCUCUGCCUCAGCAACGUCGUCCUGCGCAGCGGCUUCGCGCAGCACAUCGGCGCAUCGGGCUGUCCUCGGCUGGAGCACCUGCAGCUCGGCGACUGCCACCUCGCCUUCACGGAGCUCGUCUUCUCCCGCACGCUCAAAAGUCUCUCCGUCUUCUACAACUAUAACGUACACCGGCGGCGGGGGGGGGGAGCUGCGUGA